AUGACAUUGCAAGGGCUGAAUUCCUCAGAACUGCUCAGGGCCGAGCGUUCCCCAUCAGGUUCCAGUAAACCCAAGAAAGGCUCCAGCAAAGAAAGGCGUAAGAACCGCCACUGCCGCCUGCACAGCCUCACAGUGAAGGUGCAGGAUCUGGGGCUUGGCUUUCAGUCGGAGGAGAUUGUACGGUUCAGCUACUGCGCUGGGUCAUGUGAGUCGGCCCGCACAAACUACGACCUGACCUUGCAAAACCUGGUACAGAUAGACCUCCUCAUGCGUAACAAGCAUCUCUCCUCCAAUCCCUGCUGCCGCCCUGUCCGAUAUGAAGUUGUGUCCUUCAUGGAUGUGCAGAAUGCCUGGCAUACUGUGGACAACCUUUCAGCAGCAGAAUGCAAGUGUGUGGGCUGAAGGGACUG